AUGGGUGCUGAGGGUGAAUUCCAAGUGCAGGGCGCUCAGGUCCCUCGCCGCGUCCGGGCGCGCAGCCCAUACCCCCGCUCCAUUCCUCAAGACGAGAGGGAAGAACUCAGCCGAGUUGUGCUGAGAGUUCAGAGCUCGGCUUCUGCAAUUCUCUCGCUUAGCUGUUUUCAGGCUGAGGCUGACAGCGACAUCGCAGACGAGGGCGAUGAGUCUCUUCAACGGUAUAAGCAGUCACUUGGUCUGGGCGGUGGGAAGGACCUUUCCGACCCGAACGAUCCACGUGUCUGCAUCAUUCAGUCGCUCACCAUGGAGUCCCCUGGUCGCGACCCUGUCGUGAUCGAUCUCACGGCCCCGGGCAGCGUCGAUAAUCUAAAGAAGACUCCAUUCAAGAUCAAGGAGGGCGCCACUUUCACCAUGACUGCUCAAUUCAAGGUGCAGCAUGAAAUCCUUAGCGGCCUUCACUACGUUCAGGUCAUUAAGCGCAAGGGCAUCCGGAUUCCUGGCGGCAAGUCAGACGAGAUGAUUGGCAGCUAUGCGCCUAACACCGACAAGCAGCCUAUUUACACCAAGAAAUUCGCAGAGGAGACGGCUCCGUCCGGCUGGGCUGUUCGCGGCGCGUACACCGUCAACUCCAGCUUUGUUGACGAUGACAAGAAGACCCACCUCCAGUUCGAGUGGGCCUUUGAGAUCGACAAGGACUGGUGA